CUUUUAGUUUUUAUCUUUAUCAGCAUGGUUGGGUUCAGACCGUCGGCGGCGAGACCGGAGAAGGAGAACCGACUUGUAGAAUUGUCCCGUGAGGAAUUUGUAGAAAUGGCCGGGUAUGGAGAGGACAAGCUCUCCUCUGUUCUUGUGACUGGUGCGGUCCUUUGUGAGGCUUCUGUGGAUGGAGAUUCUGAACCUCAUGCAAGGCCUGUCUCAGGUGCAAAAGUAGCAGUUGUAUGCAACAGUGUAAGGCAAAAUAUGAAGCCAGAUAGCAUAGCAUUGACAGACAAGUAUGGAGAUUUCAUCAUAGACCUUCCUUCCCACCUCCAUGCAAUUCCAAAUUUAGAAAAAGCUUGCACUCUGAGAGUUCUUGACCUGCCAAAAAGCUCUCCCUGCAACAGGGUUUUUGUAAGAAAGCCUAAAGGAAUAAGAUUAGCAUCACUUGGGAAUGGAAUCCGUACUUACACCACUGAAACAAUAACACUCCGUCAGCCUCAAAAUUCACAGAUGAGCGAAAAUAGAUUCUUGAAGAAAUGAUCCUUCGAUGAGAUUAGUUUGGAAGAAGACUGGGGUUAAGAUUUGAGCUCAAUCAGAUGGCGCGUUCUGUCACGAUGUUGAGGUCAUGGAUGUAACCCCAGUUAUGUAUCUUACAAAAAACAGAGUACAGAAGAGGGAUAAAAAAAAGUAGCAGAUUUGUAAAUUAUAGUUACUAUCUGUAAUAUGGUGUGCAAAGAUCAUUGAGAUCAUUCACGAGAAAAUUUU